AUGGGCGGCUCGUCAAACGUUAGAGCCUAUAAAUACUGUCCUCCGUUUUGCGAUUCUACAUUCGGUCUUCGAUACUCAAAAAUGAACUCGAUUGUUUUGUUGCUUUCUCUCGUCGCUCUUUCAUCAUGCCAAUACUUGUAUUAUUAUCCAACAUACACGCCGAUGUAUUAUUACUAUCCAACUGCUGCCGUUGCUCAGACGACCCAGAAUGAUGGAACAUACCAACAGCAACAGCAAGUACAGCAGCCACAGCAGUACCAGCAACAACAGCAACAGUACCCGGCUACCCAACAGCAGCAAUACACCACCCAACAGCAACAAGGAGCUCAAUACGAUGUGACGAACCAGCGACCACAACAGUACAAUAACCAAGUGCAGUAUGACCCAUCAACUUCCUCCUCGCAAGGUGUUGUUGCCGCACAGCCAGUCUACUACUACUACACCUCCCCAUAUUAUUAUUACACUCUUGGAAGAAAGUAG